UCCUGUAACCACAGAUCAGCAGCACGGUCCUGUACAGGUCAGGUCCCUACAAUCCAGGAUCCUCUCAGCUGAUUCUUCUAUAGAAGAGAAUAUUCCUGAUCGACCAUCAAUGAUGGAGAAGGACAGAGACAAGAUGGCGGAGAGGAUAAUACACCUCACCAUAGAGAUACUCUUCCAGCUUACCGGAGAGGAUUACACGGUGGUGAAGAAGACCUCUAGGGGGCGCCAUCAGGCCCCUGUGUGUGAAGGAUGGGGAAGAACCCUGAGGCCAAUCCCGGGGCCUCCACCUCACUCCCUGAUACAUGAGGAGAUGAAUGAGCAGAAGAUCCUAGAACUCACCAACAAGAUGGUGGAGCUGCUGACUGGAGAGGUUCCUAUAAGGUGUCAGGACGUGGCCGUCUAUUUCUCCAUGGAGGAGUGGGAGUAUUUAGAAGGACACAAGGAUCAGUACAUAGCGGACAUAGUCAUGAUGGAGGAUCAGCAGCCCCUCACAUCAGCAGAGAGAUGUCCCCGUCCUCUUCCUCCAGAGGAUUCUUCAGAAGGAGAUGACAAUGUCCUCCAGGAUUAUCAGCUUAUGGAUCAGAGUAAAGAUGUGAAGAACAUUAAUGCUCCAGACAUAAUGGUGAAAGAGGAGACAGAUGUGAGGGGUGAUGAUCCGUGUACAAAGGACGUCCCUACAGUGCCCCCGCCAGAUGACUGUACCAGGAGCUCAGAGGGUCACCUGAUAUCUUCAGAUGAUCAUAGUAUCAAACAAGAAACCUGUGAAGAGUACGCCAUUAUCCUAGAUACACCCUCCGCCAUCGACAGCGAAGAUCUAUCAUCUGAUACUAUUAUACAGGUUCUACCUUCCGAUUCAUCACAGAUUGUGACACAUGAUAAAAAACCUCACACAGGAGGGGAAAAGCUAUUUUCAUGUUCAGAAUGCGGGAAAUGUCUUAACCAGAAAUCGGACCUUGUAAGACAUCAGAGAAUUCACACGGGAACAAAGCCUUUUGCGUGUAUGGAAUGUGGUAAAUGUUUUUACCAGAAAUCAGACCUUGUUAGACAUCAGAGAAUUCACACAGGGGAGAAGCCAUGUUCGUGUGCAGAAUGUGCCAGAUGUCUUAUGCUAAAAUCAGCUCUUAUUGCACAUCAGAGAAGUCAUACAGGGGAAAAACCGUUUUCAUGUUCAGAAUGUGGGAAAUGUUUUAACAAAAUAUCAGACCUUGCAAGACAUCAGAGAAUUCACACAGGGACAAAGCCAUUUGCAUGCUCAGAAUGUGGGAAAAGUUUUAACCAGAAAUCAAAUCUUGACAGACAUCUGAGGAGUCACACAGGGGAGAGGCCAUAUUCAUGUUCAGAAUGUGGGAAAUGUUAUAGAGUUAAAUCCAAUCUUGUUAAACAUCAGAGAAGUCACACGGGGGAGAAGCCGUAUUCAUGUUCAGAGUGUGGGAAAUGUUAUAGAGCUAAAUCAAAUCUUGUUACACAUCAGAGGACUCACACGGGGGAGAAGCCGUAUUCAUGUUCACAAUGUGGGAAAUGUUUUGCUCAGAAGUCAUAUCUUCGUAAUCAUUACAAAACUCACACGGGGACGUACAUAGUUACUAGCGUUUAAAAUAGACUCGUGGUCAUUAUGUUCAACCAAGGAAGGGAUGAGAUAAACAAAGGGGAGGGGACGUGAUACUUUUUUUUCGACUUACCCAUUGGCUUUUUUUUUUUAAAGAUUUUUUACUUUUUAAACAAUAGAACAACUGUUACAGUUAAAGGAAAGUUAUAAAGAAAUCACUGUUAACUUAAAGGGGUAUUCCAGGAAAAAAACAUUUUUAUAGAUCAACUGGCUCCAG